GAUCGAGUUUGGCUUCUGGGGAAAGUUUGAGUGACAGCGAUGUCGCCGCGUAAAAGCUUGUUUGCUCCUUUCAUCACGAUGGAUCCGGAGCGAGGGUCCGGCCCCGGGUCCGGGUCUGGCCCCGGGUCCCCGGCAGCUUACACCGACCUCCACGCUCUGCUGCAGCGGAGCCGAGCGCAGGAGCGAUCCGGCGAGGAGCGCACCAGAGGCGGCUGUGACCACAGGGAGUCUCCGUGCGCCAUCGUGGAGCUGCGGCUCGGAGCCGCCGGCGGCGCGCUGCACUACCUGCAGCCGGACACGUGCACGCUGGAGCGGGCGCAGAGGAGGCGGCGGCUGGCUGCUAACGCCCGGGAGAGGAGGAGGAUGCUCGGGUUGAAUGUCGCCUUCGACCGGCUCCGGAGCGUCAUCCCCAACAUGGAGAGCGACAGAAAGCUGUCCAAGUCCGAGACGCUCCAGAUGGCGCAGAUCUACAUCAGCACCCUCAGCGAGCUCCUGCAGGAGGAGGCCCGCGAGGAGCCCGCACCCAGCCGCACCCCUCGGCCCCCGGGGGCCUCGCUACCUUCUCAGGGGACCACGGUGCACGCGUGAGGGACCUUCAUGCGCGAGGAGCCCGGAGGAGCUCCGAUGGGGACACGAGGGACCGAGAGACAUUUAAAGACUCAAUGAAAGUGUGGAACUCUUCUGAUGCACUGUGUGUAAUGACUUCUGGACAAAGCUCUGUCUGUAAUGUUUUAUUUUACAUGUUCGAGAAGCCUUGUCGAUAACUUUAAAUAUAUAUUUUUGCAGAAAACAAAUAUUGUUCAACAUUUUUUUCCCCAAUGACCAA